AUGAGUAGCAGUGAGAUCAACGUAAACCACUUGCUCGAAACAAUCGAAUCCUUCGACCAAUUCGAUCUGCAUCAUGUACUUCUACGUGGUAUCCAUGACCACGGUCUCAAACAUCCACUUCAUAUCCAACAACGUGCUCUUAAAUCUUGCAUGUCGGGUCACGAUGUGAUUGUACAAGCACAAGCAGGUUUAGGGAAAACAACAACCUACAUCAUUGCAGUUUUGCAACAACUCGACAUGAGUUGCAACGGUUGUCAAGCAAUAAUUUUAAUGUCAAAACGGAUAUCAGUUCAAGAGAUUGAAAAACGAAUUUUAGCGUUAGGAAAACAUUUGAAUGUGACAUGUCACGCUUGUUUUGGAGGUAGGAGCAUUGAUGAAGAUGUGAAACGUCUUGACGGAGGCGUCCAAGUUGUUGUCGGUACGCCUGGUCGAAUCUAUGAUUUGUUAGAAAGAUCAACAUUCUGUACGGAAAAUGUAAAAAUGUUCGUGUUGGAUGAUUUCGACGAACUAUUAUCUAUGGGUUACAGAGACCAAAUUGAAGACAUAUCGGCAAUGCUACCAGCAAAUCUUCAAAUAAUUGUCACAUUGUCGUCUCCCAUCCUUCCUGAUUUACUUGAAAUAACAAAUAAACUAAUGUCAAAUCCGGUGAAAAUCUUGACUGAAAUUGAAGACCGGACGCUCGAAGGCAUUCGUCAAUUUUAUGUGCUCGUUGAAGACGAAGAGAUGAAAUUCGAGAAGUUAUGCCAGUUAUUUGAUGGACUGAAAAUGACGCAAUCUGUCAUCUACUGUAAUACAUUAGAAAAAGUGAAGUGGCUAAAUGAAAAACUACGCACACACCAUUUAACCGUAUCUAUUCUGGACUUCAAGAUGGAUGCGGCGCAACGCGACAACUGCAUAAGAGAGUUUCGCACAGGUGCCAGUCGGAUUUUACUACGACUAGAUAGGCUUGAAAAUGACGCUGAUAUUCCACAAGUCAGUCCUAUUAUUAACUAUGAUCUUCCGAUUGAUUGUGAGAAAUAUGUUCGUCGUGUUGGACGCAGAGGUCGAUUCGGUCGAAACGGGCUGGCCAUCAAUUUCAUUACCAUUGAUGAACGAUCACUUUUACGUCGAAUUGAACAACGAAAUGGUAUAAAAAUUGAAGAGUUGCCAGCAGACGUCGCUAGUUUGAUUUAA